GUCAAAAGCAGUAGCAAAUCAAAAAAUUCUAGAUGCAAAAAUUAGAGUGUAAUAUGGCAAGAGAACCUCAAGAGACUGAACUAGCAGGCAAAGAAAUCUUCUAAGAAACUAGAGAAAUGGAAGGGCAGCAGAAGACCAUGAAGUGUUCAUGGAAAUUAUUGCUCCUGUUGGUAUGCAUAUGCCUGGCAGUGCAGUACACAGCUAUUUGCUACAUCCACGAUAUCCUCCCUGGACCAUAUCAGGACUCCAGACUAUGUAAGCAAAGCUCUAGUCACAGCUUGGAAUCCUCCUACAACAGCUCUGUAUACAGUAAGAAUACCACUGUCCCUGCUCGAAAGCACAUUCUUCUUUUUUCACAAACUCGCAGUGGCUCCUCCUUUACUGGUCAGCUGUUUAACCAACACCCAGAUAUCUUUUACAUGUAUGAGCCACUUUACCAUACCCAUCAAGCCAUCUGCAACAACAGCAAGUGUCUCUGGAAGGCCUUGGAUAGAAUUGUGCAGGUGGUCGACAGAGACCUCCUCUUCAACCUGUAUACCUGUGACCUUCAUUUCCUGGAGGGCUAUAUCCAGCCAGAACCUAAAUUUCACCUGACAGCUUCACUCUUCCGUCAGAGUGCCAGUCAUGCUCUCUGCUCACCACCUGUCUGCCAAAAUGGUAAAAAGGAGAUGAAAGUAGAGCCAAAUGAGAGCUGGUGUUACAAAAAUUGUAGAAUCUUAAACCUCACCUUAGCUUCCAUGGCUUGCCAGUCAAGAAGCCAUGUGUCCAUCAAGACAGUGCGGAUCCCUCAGAUCAGUCAGCUUCGCCUCCUAACUGAAGACCCACGAUUAGAUCUGAGGAUUGUUCACCUAGUUAGAGACCCCAGAGCAAUCUUGGCAUCACGUUUAACUGCAUUCCCUUUUCAGUUUAUUGCCUGGAAGAUCUGGAAUGCCACAGACAGGCAGCCAGCUUCUGUGGACUUAACACAGAUCACAAAAACAUGCCAAGACAUGGAGGACUCUGUGAAUAUUGGUCUGGAGAAGCCAGCCUGGCUAAAUGGACGGUAUUUACUAGUACGCUAUGAGGAUCUAGCGCUUAAUCCUGAAGCCAAGGCCAAGGAGAUUUACAGAUUCCUGGACCUGGAUAUAAACAAUAAAGUUCUUGAAUGGAUAUCUCAAAACACCAAUGACACUUCUAAAAUUAAGUCAGUUUACUCCACCAAAAGAGACUCCAAAAACGCAUCAGAACGCUGGAGACUUAACCUAGGCUUUGACAUUGUUAAGACAGUGCAGAAAUUGUGUAACAAUACUUUGAACUUAUUGGGCUACAAAAUAGUACAGUCUCAGGUGGAACUGAGAAACAUAAGCAAUAGUUUGGUGGAACCAAAAACCUUUAAUUAAAUAGUGAAAAAAAAAAUCUGUAGGCAAAGGUACCUACAAUCAUGUUGAAAGUACAUACUGAUUUAACCUCAAUAAUCUGUUUUAAAAUGAUUUAAACCCACUGGGUAAGGCCUUACUAAGCCUUAAACUAUGUGUGAAUGUGUGAGUGGUAAGUCUGGAGUCUUCUUACCUUUUAACAUCACUGUUAUAAAAUUGAAAAACUACUAACUGUGCUUUUCAAACUGACUAUGAAGGUGAACACUAGAGCAAAAUAUUAACAGUAUAAGGGGAUACACAAAACAUGGCAAGUAAACACACAGAAAACAACUCUGGUUUGCAAAACACAAGUGACUAAUGAGAAAUCACAGAAGAAGUGAUGAUCAUGGCCAUAAAAAUGAGAUAAAAUGUAAGUCGCCCCGGAUAAGGCUGUCUGCUUAAUGCUGUAAAGCAAUGUAAAUGUAAAUGUGAUGGAAAUAUGGAAAACACAACAGAAAAGGAGAUUCAAAAAAAGAGAUUCUGGUGGGGAAAAGACUGGGGUAGUCAUGACGGGUACAGUAGGUGAAAUGUCCAUCUCCUAGUUAGCCACUCUCUGUGUAGACGAGGUGUUCACAUCACAUCUGUGGCGUAACAGUUGAUCGGAUCUGACGUGAGGGUCAAAUAGUGACAGUCCAAUCCAAAUAGUAAUGAGAAGCAUGUACAUAGAAUAACAAGAAUGCACUGUACUGUAGGUUCACCUUCUAAGGCAGAAACUUUGUAUUUAACCUCUCUGGAAUCAUCUGACCACCUACAGUAUAUAUGCAAGAGCAGUUACAGCAUCACCAAUGCAGUUCUCACAUUUUGGAAACCCAACACUAGAAGCCUUAGAGCUAUGUGGACUUACCUUGGAUGUGAAUGCUGGCUGUGAUAACUUGCUACUGGGUGUGAAGGAAUAUGUGAAUGUGUGUGUAAAUAAUGGCCUGCAAUGAAUUGGUGUCCAAUCCUGCGUGAAUUCUGUUCCUGAAUUUUCUAUUUACAUACUUUACUAACUACUAACCAACCUACCUAUCUGUGGCAUAC